AUGGCGACCUCCGUCGCCGUCGGCAGCAGUUUAACGGCGUACGAUCGCGGUAUUCUCACAGCAGUGAACGUCGGCGCGUCGAGCCUCUCUUUGGCUGGUUCCACCUUCAUUGUACUAUGCUACCUUCUCUUCAAGGAGCUCCGCAAGUUUUCCUUCAAGCUCGUUUUCUAUCUCGCACUAGCAGAUAUGCUUUGCAGUUUCUUCAGCAUAAUAGGGGACCCAUCCAAAAGUUUCUUUUGUUAUGCUCAAGGAUACAGUUCACAUUUCUUUUGCGUGGCAUCUUUCCUUUGGACAACAACAAUUGCUUUUACCUUGCACCGCACUGUUGUAAAACAUAAAACAGAUGUUGAAGAUUUGGAGGCCAUGUUCCAUUUAUAUGUCUGGGGUACUUCCCUGGUUAUGACAGUCAUGCGCUCCUUUGGUAAUGACCACAGACAUCAUUUUGGUACAUUGUGUUGGACUCAAACAGGUCGCACAGGGAAGGCAAUUCAUUUUAUUACAUUUUACAUGCCACUUUGGGGUGCAAUUCUAUAUAAUGGGUUUACAUACAUGCAAGUAAUACGCAUGCUGAAUAAUGCAACCCGGAUGGCAGUUGGCAUGUCAGGCCAAUCUUAUGUCUCAGAUACAAGAGACAACAUGAGGGCUCUGAAUCGAUGGGGAUACUAUCCACUAAUUCUAAUAGGAUCAUGGGCUUUUGGCACUAUUAACCGAAUUCAUGAUUUUCUUGAGCCUAACCACAAGAUAUUUUGGCUCUCAUUUCUUCAUGUUGGAACGGCUUCUCUUAUGGGCCUCUUUAACUCAAUUGCUUAUGGCCUCAAUUCUUCUGUUCGUCGGGCAAUUUGUGAAAGACUGGAUAAGUUAUGGCCCGAGAGACUGCAUAGAUGGCUCCCUAACAGUUUUAAGUACAAGAGCUUAUCACAAGAUAGUGAACUCGCCAUGUUCAAAACUGAAGAUCAAAUAUAG